AUGAAAGAUGUCCAAUCCAUUUGGAGAAUAGCAAAGAGAAGCCGUGAAGCAGAUGAACCAGUGGAUGUCAGUUCAAAAAGGGCAAAGAAUUAUGGUCAGAAAAGAGUGGAUGUAGAUUUGUCUCAAAUGCACUUGAUUCCUUACAACAACAGGACAACAAAUAGGUCAUGUGCAGAAGCUUUGCAUGUAUCAAAGUCUAAGCUGCACAAGUUAUUCAAAGAAGGACUGAUCCGUCGCCACACUAACUCCUUGAAGCCAUAUUUGAAGGAAGAAAAUAAGAAAGAGCGGCUCAGAUUUUGUAAUUCCAUGUUGGAUCCCCAAACUCUACAUUCUCAACCAACUUUCAUUGAUAUGCAAAACAUAGUGCAUAUUGAUGAGAAGUGGUUCAAUGCCACUACAACAAAGAAAAAUAUUUACCUACGGGAUGCAGAACUUGAACCACUACGGACAGUCCAGAACAAAAAUAGCAUUAAGAAGGUCAUGUUCUUAUGUGCACACGCGAGACGUAGGAAGAAUGGAGGUCAUCGCUACUUUGAUGGCAAGAUUGGCAUAUGGCCAUUUGUUAAGCAGGUGCCUGCACAAAGGAAUUCUCGCAACAGACCUCGAGGAACAUUGGUCACUGAAUCUAUCAAUGUAAAUAAAGAUAUAAGUAGGUCUUUCUUGAUAACUAAGGUUAUCCCAGCUAUUCGCAGAGUUUGGCCGAGAGAGGAUGCAUGGAAGACCAUAUGGAUUCAACAGGACAAUGCCAGAACACAUGUUGCCCCAAAUGAUCCAGUAUUUCUGGAAGCAGUUGCUCAGACCGGUCUAGAUAUACGCAUAAUGAAUCAGCUCCCAAACUCUCCUAACAUGAAUGUCCUUGACCUAGGCUUCUUUGCAUCUCUACAGACAAAGACAUACUUAAAGAAUGAUAGAACCAUUGAUGACAUUGUCCAAAACACACUAAAGGAGUAUGAGGACUAUGAUACAGAAUUGGUGGACAAGCACAGCGUUGCCGAGACCAACCUCAUCGGUCUGUCUGAUGAAAAUGUUGUCCUCGCUUGGCCCUUCUUCAGUGUCUUGGAUGAAAUCCACUCCCUCUUCGACGAUGCGCUUCUGUGGCCGCGACCACCAGAUACCGCCCUGGUUCUCCCUGCCACGGCGGCAAAUCGGCCCUACUCUGCUAUGGACACCUUCACAAUGCCACUUGACCCUCCGCCGCUCCGGGCUUGCCUCAGGAUGGACGGAUAG